GCCGCCCGGCCGCCCGCGGCUCCAGCCAUGGGCUCGGGGCGCGUGCCCGGGCUCUGCCUGCUGGUCCUGCUGGUCCACGCCCGCGCCGCGCAGCACAGCAGAGCCGCGCAAGAUGUGGAUGAAUGUGUGGAGGGGACCGAUAGCUGCCACAUUGAUGCUCUCUGCCAGAACACCCCGCGGUCCUACAAGUGCAUCUGCAAGUCUGGCUACACGGGGGAUGGGAAACACUGCAAAGAUGUGGAUGAGUGUGAACGAGAAGAUAAUGCGGGUUGUGUGCACGAUUGUGUCAACAUCCCUGGCAAUUACCGAUGCACCUGCUAUGAUGGAUUCCACCUGGCACAUGACGGACACAACUGUCUGGAUGUGGACGAGUGUGCCGAGGGCAACGGUGGCUGUCAGCAGAGCUGUGUCAACAUGAUGGGCAGCUAUGAGUGCCACUGCCGAGAGGGCUUCUUCCUCAGCGACAACCAGCACACCUGUAUUCAGAGGCCAGAAGAAGGAAUGAAUUGCAUGAACAAGAACCAUGGCUGUGCUCACAUUUGCCGGGAGACACCCAAAGGGGGUAUUGCCUGUGAAUGCCGCCCUGGCUUCGAGCUCACCAAGAACCAACGGGACUGUAAACUGACGUGCAACUAUGGUAAUGGUGGCUGCCAACACACGUGUGAUGAUACAGAGCAGGGUCCCCGGUGCGGCUGCCAUGUCAAGUUUGUGCUCCAUACGGACGGGAAGACGUGCAUCGGGGAAAGGCGGCUAGAGCAGCACGUCCCCCCUCAGGCCGUUUCUAAUGAGACCUGUGCUGUCAACAACGGGGGCUGCGACAGUAAGUGUCAUGAUGCGGCCACGGGUGUCCACUGCAGCUGCCCCGUGGGCUUCAUGCUGCAGCCAGACAGGAAGACCUGCAAAGACAUAGACGAGUGCCGCUUGAACAAUGGGGGCUGUGACCACAUUUGCCGCAACACAGUGGGCAGCUUUGAAUGCAGCUGCAAGAAGGGCUAUAAGCUGCUCAUCAAUGAGAGGAACUGCCAGGAUAUCGACGAGUGUUCUUUUGAUCGAACCUGUGACCACAUAUGUGUCAACACACCAGGAAGUUUCCAGUGCCUCUGCCAUCAUGGCUACCUGCUGUAUGGUGUCACCCACUGUGGGGAUGUGGAUGAGUGCAGCAUCAACCGGGGAGGUUGCCGCUUCGGCUGCAUCAACACUCCUGGCAGCUACCAGUGUACCUGCCCAGCUGGCCAGGGCCGGCUGCACUGGAAUGGCAAAGAUUGCACAGAGCCGGUAAAAUGUCAAAGCAGUCCUGGUGCCUCAAAAGCCAUGCUCAGCUGCAACCGGUCUGGCAAGAAGGACACCUGUGCCCUGACCUGCCCCUCCCGGGCCCGGUUUUUGCCAGAGUCUGAGAAUGGCUUCACGGUGAGCUGUGGCACUCCCAGCCCCAGGGCCACUCCAGCCCGAGCUGGCCACAUCGGGAACAGCACAAACUCCAACCACUGCCAUGAGGCUGCAGUGCUAUCAGUUAAACAGCGGGCCUCCUUCAAGAUCAAGGACGCCAAAUGCCGUUUGCAUCUGCGAAACAAAGGCAAAAUGGAGGAGGCCAGCAGAAUCCUGGGGCAAGGGGGUGCCCCCUGCUCUGACUGCCAGGUCACCUUCAUCCACCUCAAGUGUGACUCCUCUCGGAAGGGCAAGGGCCGGCGGGCCCGGACCCCUCCAGGCAAGGAAGUCACUCGGCUCACCCUGGAACUGGAGGCAGAAGUCAGAGCCGAAGAAACCACAGCUGCCUGUGGACUGCACUGCCUCCGACAGCGAAUGGAACGACGGCUGAAAGGGUCCCUGAAGAUGCUUAGAAAGUCCAUCAACCAGGACCGCUUCCUGCUGCGUCUGGCAGGCCUCGAUUAUGAACUGGCCCACAAGCCAGGCCCAGGGGCUGGGGACCGAGCCGAGCUGGUGGAAGUCUGUAGGCCUGGACAGCACCGUGCCGGGGCCAAGUGUGUCAGCUGCCCGCAGGGAACGUAUUACCACGGCCAGACGGAGCAGUGUGUGCCAUGCCCGGCGGGCACCUUCCAGGAGAGAGAAGGGCAGCUCUCCUGCGACCUUUGCCCUGGGAGUGAUGCCCACGGGCCUCUUGGAGCCACCAACGUCACCACAUGUGCAGGUCAGUGCUCGCCUGGCCAAUACUCUGUAGAUGGGUUCAAGCCCUGCCACCCAUGUCCACGCGGCACCUACCAACCUGAAGCAGGACGGACCUUGUGCUUCCCAUGUGGUGGGGGCCUUACCACCAAGCAUGAGGGGGCUGUCUCCUUCCAGGACUGUGACACCAAAGUCCAGUGCUCCCCUGGUCACUACUACAACAUCAGCAUCCAUCGCUGCAUCCGCUGUGCCAUGGGCUCCUAUCAGCCCGACUUCCGUCAGAACUUCUGUACCCGCUGUCCAGGAAACACAAGCACCGACUUUGAUGGCUCCACCAGUGUGGCCCAGUGCAAGAAUCGCCAGUGUGGUGGGGAGCUGGGUGAGUUCACUGGCUAUAUCGAGUCCCCCAACUACCCAGGCAACUACCCAGCUGGUGUGGAGUGUGUCUGGAACAUCAACCCCCCACCCAAGCGCAAGAUCCUUAUUGUGGUACCCGAGAUCUUCCUGCCAUCUGAGGAUGAGUGUGGGGACGUCCUCGUCAUGAGAAAGAACUCCUCCCCAUCCUCCAUUACCACCUACGAGACCUGCCAGACCUACGAGCGGCCCAUUGCCUUCACGGCCCGCUCCAGGAAGCUCUGGAUCAACUUUAAGACGAGUGAGGCCAACAGUGCUCGUGGCUUCCAGAUCCCCUAUGUUACCUAUGAUGAGGACUAUGAGCAGCUAGUAGAAGACAUCGUUCGAGAUGGCCGGCUCUAUGCGUCUGAAAACCACCAGGAGAUUUUAAAGGACAAGAAGCUUAUCAAGGCCUUCUUCGAGGUGCUGGCCCACCCCCAGAACUACUUCAAGUAUACAGAGAAGCACAAGGAGAUGUUGCCAAAAUCCUUCAUUAAGCUCCUCCGCUCCAAAGUUUCCAGCUUCCUGAGGCCCUACAAAUAGUGCUCCUGGGGCCCAAGACCCAGGUUUUAAAGCCCCCAGACUCCUUAGCCCUCAGAGCCGGCAGCCCCCAUCCCGAGAUGAGGAACUCUCUCCUCUCUUUCUUUUGGAGGAAAAAAAAUAUCAUUAUAGACCAAGCACUCUCCCUUUCUGUCUCUCUAGCUUCCUUUCCUGCCUUUCUCUGCCUCUUUCUUUCUCCCUCUCUCUCUCUUUACUAUGGUCCCUUUUCCUUACAUACUCCCUGGAAAAGCCAUUAAGUGCUGGCUCUAUUCCCCCUGAGGGGUGAAAGAACAGCAUCUCCUUCCCCUUCCCCUUCCCAGCCACACUGCCCAUUUUACCAGCUCACUUCCCUGGCCCCAUCAGUUUGGAAGGGUGCUAGAGGCCCAUGAAGGAAGUGGGUCUAGUGGGGGAUGGGGAGGGGGAAGAAGGGCUUCUGCCAUUAUAGGGUCGUGCCUUGCUAGUCAUGAGCCAAAAUGUCCCCUGGCUGUGCCCCCCAGGGUGAUUCAAACAACCCAGGGUUCUGCCAAAGAAUCCUUGACCUUCAGGCUUAAUGCCAGCACUGGUCCUCUGGGGCGCGUGGUUUGAGCCCUGGACUGCCCACACAGCUGGCUUUCUUGUCUACACAGCUCCUCUUUCUUCCCCCACAUGCCUGCUUGGGGUCCAAUCCACGAGGGCUCACAAAAGGCCCAUACCACUGGGCUAGUGGAUACUAGCUGAAUGAGGAAAAACAGCAGGCAUUACCAUGUUGAAUGUGCCGCUGUCACUCCCCAAGAGGAAAGACUUAGCUCUGCAGGACAGAAACCAGGUUUUAAAGCAUCACCAAAAAAAAAAAAAAGAAGAAAAAAAGAAAGAGAAAGAAGAAAGAAAAGAAAAGAAAAGAGAAAAGAAAGAAGAAAGAGAAAGAAAAGAGAGAAAGAAAGAAAGAAAGAAAGAAAGAAAGAAAGAAAGAAAGAAAGAAAGAAAGAAAGAAAAAGAAAGAAAGAAAGAGAAAAUGUAUCAUCUGAAGGACUAGACUACAAAAUUGGAAGCCAGCCUCAAAUACUAACCCCUUUUCUUUCUUGUCUUCCUGGCCCAGCCAUCUCCUCACCCCUACCUGAGUGCUCCCUGGGGGAGCCCUACUCUCCUUGCUAAGUGUUGUCCUUAGAGAAACAUGGCUGCUGACCAGAAGCCAGCCUGGGCCUUGCCCCAAAGUUGUCUUUCCCUUGUAGCCCCAGAUGGCUUGCGGGCUCCACCAAAGAGGAUCCUGCUCAGCAGCCAGCCAAGAGCCACCUACCUCUGGCCCCAAGCUGUGGGCAACAAGAGGAAUGUGUGCACACUUGGCGAGCCUUCUGCCCACCCUGUCCACAUCUAAUAAGUGCAAUCAUUUUGAGUCUUCCUAUGUUGUCUAGAGGGAGGAGUUUUGUUUUCUGGUUUUGUUUUUUGUUUUUGUUUCUUUUUCCUCUAUUAGAACAACCCUAUUUAUAGCUGCCCAAGAGAGAAGAGUGUAUGUUUGAAGUGGAAGAAAAAAGGUUUUGAAUCUCAUGAACCUUGAGUGCUGGAGCAUCUGAUCUGUCUCUGCUCUCCCACCAGUGGCCAUCCAGACUGCUGGAGCGCUCAGCUGGGGGAACCCAGAACUGUAGCUCAGAGGCACCUGAUGUGUAGAAGUAAUUCUGGGGACGUGAUGGAGCAAGAAGAGGGACCUGUGUUUGCUAAACCAAUCCUGCCAUCCCUGUGUCCCCCCAUGGACUCAGCAUGGACCUCAUGGUUGUAGAGGCCAAUGAACUGGUCAGUGAUUCUCCACCCUCAAGGAGGGAAAGCCUCCAUCUUUUCCCUGCCUUCAUCCUGUUUUCCCCCAGGUGUGCACAUGGAAGAGGAUCAGGACCAACCCCCAGGGGAUGGGCUGACUCAGGGCCCUGAGGCCAGAGACAAGCCUAUGGGUACCAAGAAUAGGACAAGUUAUCUAGGCAUGAAGUUGUUUGCCUGACCUUGGCGGUCUGCCAUUCCCUCUGGGAGCAGACUCAAGACUAGUUCCUCCACUACUGUUUUUCAAAAGGAAGAAUCCAAGUCCAUGCCCAAGCUCACAUCCUACACCUCAUUCCACUGCUGCCUAUAAACUUAUUUUCCACUUGCUCCUUUUAGUUUACCCAAAACUGUAGAAAGCUAUAGUUCUAUUCAAUCAAAAGCUGCCGAUUAACUUCUAGGGUUCAUUUCUAAGUGACUGUCCUAGGCUUUUGCUCCCCCAGGAGACUCGACACUAAACAAAGGGGUUUGCACCAUCCCCUCACUCCCUAAUCAGUAGGCCUUAGGCAGUAGGUAGCCAAGGUCAAAGCUAGUUCCCCUGAGCUCCAUUAGCCAACACCAUGACCCUUGGAAGCAGAGUAUCUGGUUUCUUUUGUCUCUCUGAGUCUCUGAGGGCUCUGCUAUAAAGACAAAAAAAUGGCUGCUUGCAUGCAAGAAAAUGGCCAUUUAAUAGAAGUAUCAACACUUCCCAGGAAAUGCCAUGAAAACUGCUUUAAGCAACUCUGACCAUCCUAAUUCUCCACCAGAAGCUAGGGUAACUUUCUGAUUCUCUCCCUGCCAUUCCAUCUCUCUUAGCUAGAGAGUACUUCUCAAUUUUAUGCCUCAGGGUCUGGCUUCUUGCUCUCCUCCUUUCUUGUCACCCCAUACAUAUACACAUAAACAUACUUCCUCCAAUAAUUUAUUUCAUGGUUUCUGGAAACUGCAAAUGAUUUCCACAGUAUGGAAAGUAUGUAUAGACCACUAGGCUUCUUAACUAAUGUCAAAACAGAUCUUGGUGAGCAGGUAAAGAUUUGCUAAUGUCCAUCACGCUUAGUUUAGGUCGUCCUGCAAGUUGGGGUUAGCAAUCCAGGCAAAGCUGCUGCUCAACCUAUGGAGGAGGCCAGUCCUAGGGCAUCAAACCAGGGGGUGAGUGGACUGAAUGAGUCAACACUCAGGGACUCUCUAGGCCUUUACAGGUCAGACAGAAAAAAGGGUUUUACCAGUAUAGGGAAGGAAGAUGGUGUGAAUGGGAACCCUUCAUGAACCAGUCCCAAGGCCUCUGCCCGAAGGUGUGUUUACAGGGCCAUAAGACCGUGAGGCCUCAUUUAUCUUAGUAUAAAACCUGCCCUGAUCUGAAUCUGGGGAUGGGAAGCCAUUUCUGCAAAGACUCUGAGCGCCAAGUGGUACACAUCAGAAAGGCACUUAAAUAUUCAGCAACAUGGCAAUUCCUUUUUACUUUUCUGACUCCCUCUUUCUAUAUUACUAGGCCAGGUCCAUUCCCUAAAUCUGAAGGAAUGGGAAGGAAACUCUCAGUCAGGAGAAAACUGACCAGAGCCCAGACUUGAGCUGUCCUGCCCCAGACCUAUAAACUCCCAGAGGCAGACAUUGAGUUGUGACUGCUCUGAGUAACUCCAGCCAGGAUUGGUUUAGUUUGAGGUAAUGGAGGCUCAGACUUGUUGCUGCAAGUUCAGUUAUACAGCCCUGGUCUCUGGCUCUAAAGAAGUUUUUUGUAUCUGAGAAGUGUACUCCCUAUGUAUGUUUGAGGGGACUUUGUAGUGGAUUGGUAGGUCAUAUCUCAAAAUGUCAGAAAACAGAGUAUUCAAACUUUUGUAUUUGUUGCUUAACCUCAAUGUAACAGGCUCAAACUAGGGGAAAGGAGACAAAGCAUAACAGAUCAUAAGCAGAAAAUAAUGUUAACCUGCUUGGCUUCUUUCUAAAGCACAGUAAGAGAAAAAAGUGGAAGCAAACAACACAAGGACAUCUUUAAAUCUGACCUGUCUCAAAGAUAGCACACCCUGUCCUUGGGCCGUUAUUUGGACUAGGAACCCUUUAAGAAAAUAUAUGAUUAGGGAGAAUAGAACCCCUAGUUCUGUUAUUAGCUUAUCUACACAACACAUUUUAGCAGUUUGGACAAACUGAAAACUUUAUUCUAUGUGAGUUAAACUGAAGUUUCAGAGAAUAAUCAUUUCUACAUGGGAGACUUUUUUUUAAUGCAGAAAAAAAAAAUCUCAAAAUGUUGUAUUUAUAUCUGCCUUCCACUGCUGCCAAUAUAGUAAGCAUCUCCUACACAAUCAACAAUAAGCAGUAAAUGAUGCAGUUCAUAGAGUAUUUUGCACUUGGGGAAAAAAUGUAUCUGAACUUGUAAAAAGGAAUGUUUGGAUUUUGUAUUGUCUUUUUUUAUUAUUAUUAUUAAAAUACUAAAUGAAA